GAACCCCAUGUUCCGCUCACCGGCACGAGCAAGUUCUACACAUGCGGCAGCGCAGCUUUCAUUCAAACUGAGAGCUUUCUGGAUCGGAGAAAAGACGGACUUAUUUUAUAUCCAAUCAACCUCGAACGCCGUUUUUUCAUCUCAGUCACUUUAUUCGUAACUUCGUGCAGCUUCGCGGAGAGGAGAAUUUUUCACUAUCGUUUUUAAAAAAAAAAAAAAAAAAAAAAUUCAUUAUCCCGCGCGCGCUAUCGUAACGUUAAGGGGUCUUGUGCGCGCGCUAAUUAGCUUACCGGCUAACACGCACUCUUUUCUCCGAGACCGACAACUGCGACGUGUGGAUGUACCCCUGCUCAUCUGCAGUCACACUUGCACAAUGGCUGGUUCACUCUGCUUGAUAGCUCAGCACCCAAAGAACAGCAACAUAUCUAGUAUAAUUACAGGAUAGCAAUAAAUCUUCAAUAUACCUCUAGUUUACUUUAAUUGUUUACUGGUCAGCUCCAGAUAAACCUUUUUUUUUAAUAUAUAAGUUUGCACUGCUGAAUAUCAGAAAUCCUGUUAAGACAGGUGGACCUAAAGUAAAGUUAAUUAUUUAUUUUACCUUUAUACCUCUUUAUUUUAUAGCUGUAGCUAUUUUGACAGGCAUUCAUUCCCUUUAAGAUUGUGAAGCAGGUUCAUAUCUAGUCUACAAUCAUGGUUUCACCAACUGCGGCUGCAAUAAUACUAGCCAGUACGGUAGGGAUAGCAGCAAACACUGCUCUCACAGACUACAUGUGGCUGCUGAUUGUCGGCUUCAUCAUCGCCUUCAUCUUAGCCUUCUCUGUGGGUGCCAAUGAUGUUGCUAAUUCAUUUGGCACAGCCGUGGGCUCUGGAGUGGUCACCUUGCGCCAGGCCUGCAUCCUGGCCACAGUGUUCGAGACCGUCGGGUCUGUGCUUCUUGGGGCCAAAGUGAGCGAAACCAUCCGCAAGGGUAUCAUUGAUGUGAACAUGUACAAUGGCACUGAGCAUGUGCUGAUGGCUGGAUCCGUCAGUGCCAUGGUUGGUUCUGCUGUGUGGCAGCUGGCUGCCUCCUUCCUUAAGCUCCCCAUCUCUGGAACACACUGCAUUGUUGGUGCUACUAUUGGCUUUUCGCUGGUUUCCAAAGGCCUGCAGGGAGUCAGGUGGUGGGAACUCUUCCGCAUUGUUGCUUCCUGGUUUCUGAGUCCUCUUUUGUCUGGAAUAAUGUCAGCCAUUGUUUUCUACUUUGUGCGCAUGUUUAUCUUACACAAGAAAGAUCCGGUACCUAAUGGGUUGAAGGCCUUGCCUGUCUUCUAUGCCAUGACCAUGGGCAUCAACCUGUUCUCCAUCAUGUUCACUGGAGCUCCGAUGCUGGGAUUUGACAAGAUCCCUUGGUGGGGCAUCCUGCUCAUCUCAUUGGGCUGCUCUGUGCUGACCGCCAUUGUGGUCUGGUUCAUUGUCUGCCCUCGCUUAAAGAAGAAGAUUGAACGAGAUAUCAAGUCUUCCAGCCCCUCUGAGAGCCCCCUGAUGGAAAAGAGAGAAGUCAGAGAGGCCCACUGUCCAAUCCUGAAACAGACUGCCAAGGAGACGUCUACACCUACCACACCAGCUGUCAAUCAGAGCUCUUCUGCUCAGCCCCAGCCUGCCCCUGAGGAGCGCAGGGUGGCGUUUGACAUUGGAGAUUCUGACGAUGCUGACAAUAAUAAAGAACGCAAGGUGGCGUUUGACAUUGGAGACUCUGACGACACAGACUGUAGCAAUGCAAAUGGUGCCCCCAAACAGGUUCAAUCAAACAAUCAGGUCCAACUAAACAAUCAGCAAGUCCAGCAGAGCAAUGGCUCCACAAAUACUUCCAGUCAGGUCCAGUUCAACAAUCAGGUUCAGUUCAACAACAGGCCGGCACAGAUACCCAGUAACGGUUACAGCCAGUACCACACAGUCCACAAGGACUCCGGCCUCUACAAAGACCUGCUGCACAAGCUUCACCUGGCCAAGGUUGGUGACUGCAUGGGUGAGGGGGGAGACCGACCAAUCCGGCGCAACAACAGCUAUACCUCCUACACCAUGGCCAUCAUUGGCAUGCAUGGAGACUUCAAGCAUAAAGAUGGGGAUUUCCGUGCCAGUGAGGAGGGCGACAAGGGCCCGGGAGCCGGUGGUCAGGACAGGAAACGGAUCCGUAUGGACAGCUACACCAGCUACUGCAACGCUGUGGCCGAGCACACAACUCCUGAAAGUCUGGGAGAGAAUGACGUGACACUAGAAAUGGGGAAGGAGGAUGCAGGUAGCAACCAAAGCUCUGAAGAUGAAGACAGGCUUGAUGCAGACAAGCCAGAAGUCUCAACUCUGUUCCAGUUCCUCCAAAUUCUCACUGCCUGCUUCGGAUCCUUCGCCCAUGGAGGAAAUGAUGUCAGUAACGCCAUUGGACCACUGGUUGCUCUGUGGUUGGUUUACCAAUCAGGUAGUGUGACUUCAAACCAACCUACACCCAUUUGGCUGCUGCUGUAUGGUGGCGUGGGCAUCUGUGCUGGACUCUGGGUGUGGGGUCGCCGAGUGAUCCAGACUAUGGGCAGGGACCUAACCCCCAUCACCCCCUCAAGCGGUUUUAGCAUUGAACUGGCCUCAGCCCUGACUGUCGUGGUUGCCUCAAACAUUGGUCUGCCUGUUUCCACCACCCACUGCAAGGUGGGCUCUGUGGUGGCAGUAGGAUGGCUGCGUUCGAGGAAGGCGGUAGACUGGCGGCUGUUCAGGAACAUCUUCAUGGCUUGGUUUGUGACUGUGCCCAUCUCUGGUCUGAUCAGCGCCGCCAUCAUGGCCCUCUUCAUCCACGGCGGCAUCCUGUGAGCGUUCGGCUGCACCCCAAGCAGGGGAGGAGAAAGAAACCGCUCCAGCGCGAGCCAGGAGAGGGGGAGCAAAGUUGGAAGGCCAAAAUAUAUCGCUUACCUCAAGCCAACAACUUUGGAAGAAAAGGAAAAAAAAAGAAGAAAUGUUUUGAAAGGACUUGUGACAUGUGCCUGUGGUUCUUGGCUGCAUCAUUUUCGACCUAGAAUUUGCCGUUUGUUCCAUUUGGGUCACAUAACUUCCAGUGGGAAGCUUGCAUUUCUUUGUUCUGACUUGCUUUUUUUUCAUAUCACAUCAUUCUGUAAAGAGUUAAUCUAAAAUCAACUGAUUUUUUUUCUAAUACUCAUCUUUCCAUUUUUUUUACUUUGCAAUUAUGUAUAUACCACCAUGCUGUUUUCAUUUUGUUUUACACUAGACAGAAAUGAACAACUAAGAUGCAGUAUUAGCCUUUAACAGAUGUAAUUUUCCAGUCAUAAAACAUGCUGAAAGUAAUGUAGAUGCAAAAGCAGUAUUUUUAGGUGAAAACAAGGUUAUUGGUGUGUAUAUGUGUGUUUCUCCCCGAUUCCAAGAAUUUGUUAUGAAUAACUUUGCAUCUGGCUUCCUUGUAUCCCCCAAAUUGGGACAUUGUUUUUCCUCUGUUAAAGAACAAAGUUUACUCCCACAUUCUACAAAAUGAUUCCACCACAGUAUCAGCACUACAAUUUAAUUUACAGUGGUAGAACCAACUACACACCUACAGAAUGAUAUGAAAAAUACUCAAUUAGUAUUAAAACAAAUCAGCAAAUUUCUUGGCAAGAAAUGACAAAGGCCAAAUUGUUAAGCUAGUGGAUUUUCUAUCUGCUAUCUGGUUCUUCAUCCAAAUCUCCUGAGGCUUUAACAUUCUUGGAUCAGCACAGAAAUACCUGUCUUGACUUCAAUUUGAGAAAUGUAACAGCAGAAUGUCAACCAGCACCGACAACGUGCUCUCAAACGAGACCUUACAUCGCCUGUUGAAACUUGAUAUCAUAAUCAUUGAUGACAUGCUUUAGGCCUGCUUCAGCCUUGUUUUUCUAGUUCACCUUGUACCAGCUACUUCCAGUAAGUUUAUUUUCUGUGGAAUUUGCACCUGCCUCUUCCUCCCUCUGAAUAUCAUAAACGAGGAGGAAGAGGAACCUAAAAACUGGAAGGUAUGUAAAGUGUGGUUUGGUGAUGAGCUGAUCUGUUCUCUGGUUUGAAGGAGCGCAGCAGGUAUACGUUGCAUACCACCAGCGUGUGGUCAUUUGGCUGCAGUACUAAAUGCAUUACAGACCUAUAGAUGCUGUAGUUGCCUUAAUUGUUUUAUUUUCCCUUAGGUACCAAAGAAGUUUUUUUUUAUGCACAUCAACAAAAUCUGCUCCACGUGUGUGGAUGGAAAAAUGAAAAUAAAAAUGGGAAAACAA